CAUUCACCAAUGUGUGUAUUUUUGUGGGUGUGAGAUGGUUUCGCACACGCACACGCACACACACACACGUAAACGUGGUCUGGAGACUGCGGGCGUUUUCAUUGGCCGAGGCGGUGAGCGAGGAGGAGGAGAGACUGACGGAUUUGCAGGAAUUCCUCCGCGCUCCUCAGAUUUCUUGUACUCACACGGACCUCCUGCUCGCCUCCGCCCCGACAAACAUCCAGACCGGUUCCUGUCCUCCUCGCGGCACAUACCGAAACAUCGAAAGACAAUGAUGUUGCGAGGUGUCGCUGUGCUCCUUCUGCUGGCCCUGGCUGUCUCUGACGCGGAGGAGCUGCAGAGCAAGAGCAAAGUGUGCGCCAACGUGUUCUGUGGGGCCGGCAGAGAGUGCACGGUUACAGAGAAAGGGGAGCCCAGCUGUCUGUGCAUAGAGAGCUGUAAGCCCCACAAGAGGUCAGUGUGCGGCAGCAAUGGUAAGACUUACAGGAAUCACUGCGAGCUCCACAGGGACGCUUGUCUCACCGGCUUGAAGAUCCAGGUGGCCCACGACGGACACUGCCACGAGAAGAAAACCGACCAGUCAGCUGCCAGCCCAGUGGUCUGCUACUCUGCUGACCGUAAUGAGCUGAGGAGUCGGGUGAUCCAGUGGCUGCAGACUGAGGUGGUCCCAGACGGCUGGUUUGUCAAGGGAUCCAACUUCUCCGACAUCCUGCUCAAGUACUUCAAGUCCUACGACAAUGGGGAUUCUCAGCUGGACUCCUCCGAGCUGCUCAAAUUCAUCCAGCAAAAUGAUUCGGUCGUGGAGUUGCAGUCCUACGCUGACAAGGAGAGCAACAAGCUGCUCAAGAGCCUGUGUGUCGAUGCCCUCAUUGAGCUCUCUGAUGAGAACGCCGACUGGAAGCUGAGCUUUGACGAGUUCCUCAACUGCCUGAAGCCCGGCUUCAAUCCACCAGAGAAGAAAUGUGCCUUGGAGGACGAGACAUAUGAGGACGGAGCAGAGACCCAGGUGGAGUGUAACCGCUGUGUUUGUGCUUGCGGCAACUGGGUCUGCACCGCCAUGACCUGCACUGACAAGGCAGCAGCCGUGGAUGAGACAGCGGAUGCCGGAGCAGAGAUGACGGAGGAGGAGUGGAGCCUCCGUGUGGCUGAGCUCAACAAGCACCAGGAAACAGUUGAGAAGAUGAAGAGCAGCACAAAGGAGGCCUGAGCGAGGAGGCGAGGAAUGAGAGGUUGCACGUCAUCGCCCUUCCUCCACACUUGAUUUACUUUGCGUCCGUGUGUUGUUAUUUUGACCGAUUUUUUUGUGUUAUUUCCUACUUUGGUAUGUUAAUUAUCAUACGUUUCUACAGUGUUGAUGUUUGUUAGAUCCAGGGGCUAUCAAAGAAUGUUACAGGAUCCCAUUAUAGUCAAUCCUGUCAUAUCUCAUUGUGUCACUGCGCCUCCACACCAGCCCUGGGGCUAUUUUUUAAUACAAUCUUUAUACUUUUUACAGUUAUUAUAAAACAAAAAACUGUCACGAUGUCACUGUGUUGGAAUGUGGAGAGUCAUUGUCUGAAACGGUAGCGAGGUGAGGAGCUGGGAGAGUCCACCUGUAGACGCGAGGGAGCCGUCGGAGCACACAGGGAGCUGACUACUUGACACCGGGUGCGGCGCGUGUCUCCGUACGUCCUCCUACGCGCCUUGUGGACACAGGAGCUUGGUUAAAGAAGCUGGGACAAGAGGGUAAAGCUACUAGUGAUUGUGAUGCCAUUUAGAACUGCCACCGUAGGCCGAUACUUGACCCCCACGCGCUUCUCUUUCUUUUCUAUACAUAGUUUUAGUUUUAGUUUGGUACCAGUCCGUUUUGUUUGUACCUUAGUAAUCAUUUUGCUACCAGAUUGUUGGCUUUUGUGUAUUUGUAUGUUAUCGGCUUGUGUUGGAACUCAUCUGGUUCCCACGUUAUACUCGGGCGAGUCUCUCCGGUGCCCAUCGGUUGAACCGGCGUCUGGCAUCUCUUGAGACAGAGACGUAGCGCGGAGCGGCACAGCGGCGUCCAGGAGAGGCCUGAUCUUUGAAUAUAGCGUGUCGACAACUGAAACCAAAGUAUUGAUGAAGUGUUUGAAUGACGAACAAACGUAUCCAGGUAAAACAUUACUGUGGACCCAGCAACAACAUUAUACCUGUGCUUUCAAAAUCGCUCCUAACAGAAGGACUAGCCUCCCUGUCAGCUGAAGUAGUGUAGACGCACCGAUGGGUGCAUAUAAGUUAUGUGUGCUUGUGCGUGAUUGUGUGCGUGUGCUAGUAAAGAGUGACGCUGAGAGUUUGCUUUGUUGAAUGUGUUUCGUCGUUACAAUCCUGUAUCUUAUUUAUCAGGAUUGACAAUAAAAAUCAGUGCCUUAGACCUCCAGAAACGAUUGGUCUCUGCCUUCGCCUGCACGAAGGCUCGUGUCUUCGUUGUGUGUUUCUCUGAUAUUUGUCUGUAUGAAAGUAGCAUUAUAGGUUCAAUCUAAAACUUUAUAUUCCACUAAAGGUGCAGUGACUGUAAGGAAUAUUUAUGUACGCCAAUAAAGCCCACAGAAAACAAAGCUCUCUUGUCCACUUGUACGUCUGAAUUAAAAAAUUAUAAAUC